AUUGAGGCAUUCGCUUACACCUCGCUACUUUAAAGGUGUUUUUAACAAGCGUAAACCUAAAAAGAAAGAUCUUGAUCAUCAGUAUUAGGAUAUUCUUAUAAAUUAUUAGGUUUCACUCAUUGUAAAACUAUUUAUUCCCAAUAGAAUUUCAUAUGAAUUUGGUUGAGCUGGAUUUAAACCAAUUUAGAUAGUUUAAAUGGAGUGGGACCUGGACCUGGAGUUGGAUUAGGACUCGGUACAAUUGGAUUGGUUGGACUUACUGCUGUUAGACCACAAACAAACUAAUUUUUUAAUUGAUUUAUUUUGCAAUAUAGUAUGGAGAUACACAUUCUUAGCAAACUUUUGAUGCAUCUAAAUAGAAUUCUGCUUAACAAUUAAGGCAACCUCCAUUAUUUGGAUCAAAUUGAU